AUGGCCGCGUCACCCGCACCUCUCUCCCGCACUUGCAGGUUAGCGCUCUCUUCUGCCUCUCUCUCCCCCCCUCCCCCUCCCCUCCUCCCCCCCUCCCUCUCUCCCCUCCCCCCCCUUCCCCUCCCCCUCCCCCUCUCCCCCCCCUCCCCCUCUCUCCCCUCUCCCCCCCCUUCCCCCUCCCCCUCCCCUUCCGCCAAUAUCGGCUCCCCGUAUCCCUCUCGAAUCGCCGUUUCCCCCAUUUUCCUCCCUGUACCCCCUCCCUCCCCAUAUCCCCCCGCCCCCCAUGUUCUCUUCCAACACUUCCUUUGUUGUGUGGUGCCGGCGAAAACAAUUUACGUUGGUGGGCGCUAUGCGUGGAACCCGUGGGCCCCGGGAGUGAGGAAAUGGAAGGGCCCUAACAAAGUCUUGAAAGGUGACACGCUGGUUUUCAAAUGGAAGAAAAAAUCGAACGUGAUUAUGCUGGGCGAUGCAACGGACCCUUUGGCGGCUUAUUAUUACAACAAGUGUACAGUGGACGCGGAUACCUCCUUGAGCACCGUUAUAUCUGAAGCCAAGGCCUCCGGAGUUGCCAAGUUCACAAUUCCCAAGGACUCUGUGUAG